GCAGAGCAGGGCAACCUAAUAACAGGUCGACCACCAUCCAUACCGCGGGAUGACGAUGGACGGCGGCACGUCCGGCGUCCUCGUGAGAGGGCAAGACAUCAUGUUGGAAAUGCUUCGGCAGGUGCAGGGUUACUUUCGAACGAAUGACCCAUCGAAGAAGACUGAGGGGUGGCGAAACCUCGAUCGCUCAGCAAUGGUGGCGAUUUGUUCAUCGCGGAUCUCUAAAAUUCUAGACAGUGACGACGACCCUGCUAUGCCAAGUGGAACGGACAAAGGGGAAGACAACCAAGGACAGCAGGUGCUCGAGCAAGCUGUGGUGCAGGAGAUCCUUCUGGGCCUUGUCGAGAAGCGGCUCCACGAAACACAGCUCCAGGUUACCCAAGGCCCCGUGGAUAUUCAAUUCCUCAAACAGCAGUUCGUCACGAUGGCUCGCGACAGCGAAUACAUUCAAAAAGAGAUGCCCAUGAACAACGGUGGCGACGUGCGCGAUGCCAAGGUUCUGGCCUUUUGGGCGUUGGACGAUCUCGAAAAGCAAUCUUCCGUGGUGCAUUUACGCGACACAAUUCGAGCCCAGGACUCGACAAUCCAAGCCAUGAUGCGGGAGCUGAAUGCUCUGCGGAAUGGUAGCAGCAUUGGCGACGACCGGCAGCUUUCGCUGACAGGCGACAACAACGACUCUGUUGGAACGAUUGGUAAAUUUAACUGGAGCUCCUCGUCGGCAUUUGCCGACCACGAUGACGAUCAACAGCUGCAGCACAGCCACUGGAACAAUGUGGACGCAUUGGUUCAGGAACUUCGCAGUUCGGUUCAUGGCAACUACCGCGACAACGUCGACAUGCUGCAUGGCCAUAUCCAGCAGCUCGAAUCACAGCUUACCGACGCCACACGCCACAUUUCGGACGUGACAAAACUCAACCACCAGCUCAAGCUCGAGGUGGCGCAUUUAAAUGGUAGUGACCCGACGAGGUACAUGGACACCGUGUCUCGUCUGCAGCACCAAGUGAGCGAUCUGGAGGCCGCGCUGGCCACAGCUAGCGCACGAACCCGCGCGCUCGAGUCUGAGCUGGCUGUGCCAAGUGCGAACCUGGCCUACUUGAGUCGACAGAACGAGUUGCUGCAGCAACGCGUUAGCAUUUACAAGAAAGAACUGGACGACCAAGCCGACACGCAACAACUCUUGGCUGCGAAAGAGGGACUAGAGCAUGGCCAAGAAUGCCAUCAUCGCUUUGACGGUGUAUGCAACGACUUGAUCGAGUCGCUUCGUGCAGAGAUUCUGCACGGCCGCGACCUCCAUCGCACGGACUUGAUCGCGCUGUUAGAUCAGCUGGGCGAGUUGGCGCGCGAGAACCAGGCGUUGCGGGACCCCGACUCUACAUUGCUCGAACCACACACGCCGCAUUCCCCGACCAGGUCGGUGGACGAUACGUUGGAACGCGUGGCACGCACAUUGCACGCCGACAAUGGCGAGUUGCUCGAGCAAGUUCGGUCGUACGAAGCAACAAUCGCUGCGACAGAAGCCCAAAUGACCCAGUUACGGCGCGAACGCGAAACUCAAGAGGCUGAAGUGGAGCUGCUGCUCGAGAAGUUGAACCCGAUGGUAGCCGCCCACGAAGCCGCGAUGGAGGAGCGCAAGGCCAUGGAAGCCGACUUGGCACAGCGCGAAGCAAUGAUCCAAGCGUUGCAGGCCAAUGUGUACGAAAUGAAGCGCGAGAUCAAGAUCAUCACUGCUGAUGUCGAUGCCAUCGUCGAAGAAAAGGAGCUGCUCCAGGAAGAGCUCGACGAGUUGCGAAAUCGCCAAUCGGUCGUUGCCGGAGCUGCGACUGCCACCGAACCACCGUGUAAGUCGUGCGUGGGGUUGCAGCAACAAAUCGAUGAACUGAGCACGGAGCUGGAGCAAGUCCAAGAGUCGCUGGAAACAGCCGAAGCAGAGGUACGGCCGCUGCGCCGAUCCUUGUCGAUGAAGGAUCAGACUAUUCAAGAAACCAAGACGCGGGUGACGGAACUCGAACGCCGGCUAGUCAACGACAAGUCCGAGUAUGAGAAGGCUGUUGCCGAACGCGACCACGCGAUUGAGGCGUUGCAAAAGAAAGUGUUCGAGUACAAGCGCGAAGUCAACGUCCUCACGGACGACUACGACUCGAUUUUUGAAGAGAAGCACGAAGUGGAGCAAAAGUUGGAGCAGGUGGAGACCCAACUGCUAAACUUGCAAGACGAGCUGGACGAAUUGGACCGCGUCGUUGUCGUCCUGCGAUGUGACGUCGACCGAUGGCGCGAAGCGUUCGAGCAAGCGCGCAUGCAACACGAAGAGGAACGCCAGCGCUUCAUGGAAUGGGACGCCGUUGUCAGGGCGCAGUUGUCCGAGUUUGAACAAAACUCUAAAGACUGGGCCGCGACCCAGGGCGACCUGCGUUCCAUGCACGAAAGAGACGUCGCCAACCUCAAGGACAGAGUACUUUCGCUGCAAGACCAUGUUGAGCUGCUGUCGACGUCGGAGGAGAUGCUGACGAAGCAACUACAGCACGUGACGGACGAAAUGGCAUCAAUUGUCGAUGAACGCGCCGAACUGGCGGGACACAUCGUCCGGUUGGAAGGCGAACACCUCGCCAAGGAAGCCGAAUGGAAGGUCGAGCGCAGUGAACUUCGGCGGUUGCAGGACGACGCUAUGGCGUCAUGGGAAGCCACGCUAGUGGCCGAGCGUCACGAGAAGGCUCAAAUCAUUGGUGACAUGCAACGGGCGAUGGACGAAUUAUCAAAGUCCCGCUUGACGUUGUCCGACGACGUGGAUCGUGUUCGCGUUGAAAAGCAAGAGGAAGUCAACGGAUUGAAGGCAGCCCGCGAUGCAUUACACGCCCGUGCCGACGAAAUGGAACGUGAGUUGGCCAAAUGGAUGGCGGUGAUGGAAGUGCUCAAACUGGAGAAAGCUUCCGCGUGGGAGCGCGUGAAUUCCCUCGAGCAAAACUUGGAUGAGAGCUUGAGGCAUUGCCGGCACGUGGAAGACGAUAUGGAGAGGCAAGCCAAAGAAUUCGCGCAUUGUCAAACCCAACUGAAUGCCACCGUGGCAGCGCUUACUGAAUCGGAGCAACAGUUGAUGCGAGACAUCGACGAUCUCACCAACGCCAAGGCCACUGCCGACGAACGCACAAACGAACUGCAGAGCGAGGUGGGGGCGCUAGUUGAAGACAAGAGAACUCUCCAGGACAAAUUGAGCUUGCUAGAGCAACAGUCCGACCAGUUGAAAUCCGCUCAUGCCGCCAUCGAAAUGCAGCUUGUUCACAGCGAGUCCACCUGCAUGGCACUCCAGUCGACAAUCUCUGAAAAAGAAGCAGAGGUGGCCAAGCAAGGGCUGGUCAUCGUUGACUUGAACGCUCGAUUGGAACGUCUGGCGUCGUCGGAGCAGACGUUGCUGCAGGAUAUGGCACUACUUACCCAAGAAAAGUCAGACUUAGAGCUGCAGGUGCCCGAAACCGUGCACAAGCUGGCAACGUUGACACGAUCCCAUGGCGAACUGGAGACGAUGGUGCAAUCGAAGCAGUCGGAAAUUAUGCGGUUGAAGGACUUGAUUGACUCGCUGACAAAGGAAAACGCUGCCCAAGUUCAAAAGGUUGGGGAAGUGGAAGCGGUGGCGGAACAAAACGAGGCUAAAUGGAUACAAGAGCUGGCGGCGGUGACAUUUGACCGGGACUCAUCCACAACCAAAGUAUCGGUGUUGGAAUCUGCAGUCGCAAAGAAGGAUGGUGACAUUGCCCAACUCGAACUACUGCUCCAGCGAUUCAAAGACAAGGUGGCGACGCUUACUGCUUCUGAAGCCAAGCUAAAGUCGGACGUCGACGAAGCAAAGGAGCGCCUGGUUACGAUGGAGCGUGACCACGACGCUGCUAUCCAGAUUUUGGAAGUGAAUCAAAUGGAGUUGGAAGCCCAAGUCGAGACCAAAGUGUGGGAAGUACAAGGUUUACAAGACCAAGUGGCGAAGUUGACGGACUCGUGCACCGAACUUGCAGCGGAAAAGAAGUCGAUUGAGGUGGACAAGGAAGCGCUGGCCGCGACCCAGGUGGACUUGGAAGAGCAAAUUCAGAAAAAGGAGUUUACGAUUCGAGAGCUGCAGACUCAAUUGGUUUGUUUGUCCGCGCAACACCAAGAAAUUGUAGUGGCGCACGCGUCGUUGGCUGAAGAUAAACAAGGGCUGGAGCUCAACUAUGCCACGAAAUUCAACGAGAUUGAGCGCGCACUGGAACAAUCGAAAGCGGAUCUCCAAGCCGCCGUUAUCGACAAGAUGGACACGGUGGCCAAACUCCAGAUGUUGUUGGAUCGAUUCAAAGAAAAGGUGGCUCAAUUGACCGCGUCAGAAGCGUCCGUGUCAAAGGAACUCCAAGCUACGUUCGCCGCGCUCGCUGCCAAAACAAACGAAGGGAAUGACCUGCAGCAGAAAGUGGAGUCGCUAACCGCACAAUUGAACAAAGCGCAGCUCGAUGUGGAGGCGCAGCGGUCUGAAAACGCUGCCUUGAGUCAAGACUCCAUCGCGCAAAGCGCCCAGAUUGUCGCAUUGACAGCGGCAAGCAUUCAAAGCCAAGACCAAGUGACCGCGCUCACGUCGCUCGUGGCGGCGAACACUGUUGAAAUGGAGAAGCUGCAGGGACUGCUUGACCGAUUCAAAGAAAAGGUCGCGGCACUCACGACAUCGGAAGCCAAGCUGACGAUGGAGCUGGCCCAACUCCGCGAUGAGAAGCAAUCGUUGGAGAUGACGUUGCCCGAGCAAAUGGAGAAGCUCACAUCGUUGAGCCGAUCGCAUGGCGAGCUCGAGCUGAGCAAACGAAUCGUCGACCAAGAAAACGACGACCUCAAGGCGAGUUUGGCAGCGUUGGAACAAGCAAAAGCAAAACUGACGGCCGAACGUGAGGCGUUGGCGGCCGAGUCGACCCACUUGGCCGGUGACGCUGCUGCGCACGCGGCCAAGUGCUCGGACUUGGAGGCAACAUUGGCCCAAAAAGACGACGAAAUGGGUAAACUGCAAGACCUGCUGAACCGGUUCAAGGAAAAAGUGGCAGCCCUGACCAAGUCCCAGACGUCGCUAACCCAGCAAAUGACAACGCUUCGAGACGAAAAGCUCCAACUUGAGCUGCGAUUGCCUGAAACACAGGAACAGGUGGCAUCGCUGAGCCGGUCCCACAGCGAACUCGAGUUGUCCUCGAGCACACUACGCGCAGACAAUGUCCGCUUGCAAGCUACAUUGAACUCGCUGACUCAAGACUACGACGACCAUAUGAAAGCAUGCACCUCUCGUGAGUUGACGACGACGCAGGAACGGCAGGGCAUGGUCAACCAAAUUGCCGAGCUCGAGGCUGAAUUAAACGACAACCAUACAAAACGCAUGGAACUCCAAGCGAGCGUGAGCUACCACGAAGACCAAGUGGCUAAACUGCAAGGACUGGUCCAGCGAUUCAAAGAAAAGGUGUCGGCGUUGAACAAGUCGGAAGACGUUUUGACCAAGCAAGUGAUACUCUUGACGCAAGAGAAAAUGGCGCUCGAAAUGUCCGUCCCGGAUCAUCAAGCCAAGAUGGCCACGCUGACCCGAGCGCAAGCCGAAUUGACCGACACUGUCCAAGCGUUGCAAGCUCAAAACGCCAACUUGACGUCAGAGCUAGAGGUGUUUGCUGCUGAAAAGGCUAGAUUGAUAGCGGACCACCAUGCCAAGGCCACUGCGUUGGACACCGAAAAAGCCAUCUUGGAAGGCGAUCUUGCCACUCUGGCGGCCCAACUCAAAGCGAGUGCCGCCUCCAAAACCCUACUGGGCGCGGACAUGCUUGCAAAGGAAGCCGACGUGGUUGCCCAGGCUCAAGAGAUCGCUCAAUUGCACGCCGACAUUGCUGCUCUGCAGGAAGAGCUGAAGCGAGUGACUGACGAGCGGGAUGCUCUCAACUGUCAAGUGCCAGCCAAGGAGCAUGAACUCGCGUCGCUAAGUCGAUCGCACAGCGACCUCGAGAGCAGCGCUCAGUCGCUGCGAAGUCAGAACGACCGCUUGACGGCGGAAUUGACCUCCCUUCUCGCUGAAUUGGAACGUCGAACCGACGAGCUCCAUGACACGAAAAUUCGUUGCUCCGACUUGGAACGUAACGUGGUUGGAGCAAAGGAAUCGGAAUCGCGUGCCGUCGAGCAACUCACAGUGGCGCGACAAGAAUGGGACGACCAAACCAAGACGUGGCAAGCCGAACUCGUCUCGAAAGAAGAGGAAAUCUCGCAUUUGCAGGAAUUGUUCAACGAAGAAGUUGGAGCGCUGAAAGCGGACGAAGCGCUCGCGACUGACCGGUAUGACGAACUGGUCCAAGUGCAUGCAGAACUUUCGCGCGUCCAUGACGAUGUGGUCGAGAAGUGCAAUUUGUUGCAAGUACAACGGGACAACGCGGUACAAGAGCUGACCGACACGGACGCCUCGUGGAAAACUACGUGUGCUGAAUUGAGUACCAAAGUGUUCACGUUGGAGGAGCUCUUGUCGAAGAAGGACGCUGCGGUCCUCGACUUGCAUGCGUCUGUGACGACGCUGACGGCGAAAACGGCCGACUUGCAGCAAUUGCUAGAUGAAAAAAUUGCACUGAUUGCCCAGCUCGAAAGGUUGCGAGCAACGCGGCAUGCGGCAGCAGCGUCCAACUCAAGCCACAACGACGAACGCCUAAGCCUUCCCGACGAAUACGCCCUGAUUAUCUCCGAGAACGAUCAACUCCGCCUGGGCCAAGAAAACCUCAACACGAUCGUGGGCGUGCUCAAGGCUCAACUAGCCGAAGCAAACGAGCAGCACGAUUCAGCACCGUUGCCAUGGGUGUCGUCGUUCGUGCAGGACGUUGCCCCCGUGUUGGGCUUGCCGACGAGCAGCUCGGGACUGCCAAGCCUUGACGAAGUUCAAGCGAGUCUGCGCAACGUGCAGGCAUCGAUCCACGCGACCGUUGCGAAGAAGAACCCGCGCCGCCGCAUGACCUCUUUGGACGACGACGUCAUGAACGUCGGCGACUUGGACGGCAGUACCAUGAGCAACGGUAGUGGCACGUGGAUGAAAGCGAUCGAAGAAUCCAACGAUCUCAACGACAAAGCGCAGCAUUUGAACCAGCAAGUGCGCCGAUCGCGCGACAUUGGCGGGAACGAGCCCGUCGCGAUGGUGUCGCUGUUUCCGGAAGGCGUUGGAAAGGACGUCAUGUCGGUCGUGCUCGAGAUUGUGGCCACAUUGAACGACGAAGAUGAAGCGGACCACGAAGGGGAGUCACCGAUCAACAUUGCACGGACACUUCGGUCGGCGUGGCAGUAUCGCCAGCGCCUGCUGCGCGAGCUGGUCGCGGCCAUGCAUGAGGUUCAUCCAUUGCCUCCGGCAUUACCUCGGGAAGAGCAAGUCGACGUGUGGAAGAUGGAAAUGCGCAAUGCAGUGUUUGUCACGGAAGCCCAACACGCCGCACUAAACAAGGCAUUCACAACCAUGCACCACUUGUUGUACCCAGCUCAAGUGGCCAACUCAGUGAUGGACCUCACCAAGUGGGCGGAUUACGCGACCUCCGCCGAGUUCGCCGACAACCUCCGUCAAUACACCGCGCGCAUGGAGCAACUCGAACGUGAUGGCGACGCGUUACAUGACGUUGUCGUGCCAUUUUUGGCUCAAUUUCGCACGUCCGCCGAUGCCUCGACGGAGUCCAACCACAAUCAAGCCGUCAAAAUCAAAGUUGGUCAUGGUGUGGACGAAUGUCCUGCCUCACACCACGACAGACAACCCAAAGAACUCGACAGUUCAUUGGCGGAGGGUGUGCACCGGGUGCACGAGGUGCUCGACAACUUGUGUGAAGCCCUGGCGACCAUGCACUCUGCGUUGGCCAGCAGCUCCUCCGAGGCAUUCGCACCCAACCCCCGCGCUUCGAACGAAACGUCAUUGGGGUCCACGUCGGCCUUGCCACGUACUCACGAAGAAUGGAUUCAGUACGUUCGAUCGCAGCCGUUUGCCGAGCUUGUGCAUGGUCACCAGGCCCUGUCCAAGCAACUCUGCAAGGCAUUGAGACUUCUCAGCGACAGCGUCAUGGCCCCCGCAACAUCGUCACCGACGCCAGCAACGUCGAUCCAGACAGCACGUGUGCACAAAACCGGGGCCGUUGCAAGCGAUUCGACGGAGGGACUUGUCACCUUUCCUUCGCACGAUGACGUUGCCGGUUGGGGCGAGUUUGUCGCGUCGCAACCAUUCCUCCAAUGGGUCGCCACGCGCCGAACGUCGGAGACGGAAGCACAAGCUCUGUGUGACGCGCUGCAGAACAUGCACGCCGUCUUAUGGCCACGUCACGAAAUGAAGCCAUCGAUGAACGCGACGGAAUGGACAGCAUAUAUCCAUACGCAGUCGUUCGUGGACAGGCUGCGCCAAUGCGCCGGCCAACCACAUGAGAAAGCGAUAUGCGCGGCGCUCCACAAGAUGCAUCACGCCAUCGCCACGACGGCGGAAUCCGUCGGCCAACCCCUCGACAUGUCAACGCGGUCGAUGGACUUGCCGCGGUGGACCGAGUACAUCGAGUCGGACAAGUUUGACUCGAACUUGCGUCAGUACACGACGCGAUUGCAAGACCUUGAGCGGGAAUCGAAGGUGCUGUGCGACGAACUGGACGAAAUGCACCACGUCAUUGCGCGUGAACAGCGCGUGCAUGACGAUGGAGACGGUCACCAGCCAAAGGAUAUGGCCCAGUGGCACGAGUACAUUCAAACAACCGAGUUCGCAGACGUCAUGGCCAAAUACGCCCUUCGCCAGGAAAACCUCGAAGCCGACAGCCACGACCUGCACGCAAAGGUUCUGCCGGUCUUGAUCAAGCACGUGCCAUCGGCCUCGACAUGCACGACCGUGGACGAGUUGCUGGUCGCGUUUGAGGCCAAUUUGUCCUCGGGCAGCAUGAAGCAAGACCACCUCCAACAGCUCGCCGCCGCAGUCCACGCACUCAACGAGACUGUGAAUUGCGUACGGCAGUCGUGCGGGCUGGCUGCGAUGGAAACCAUUUCGACGGGUCUGUCGUUGCCGAGGCACGUCGAUGCUCUCGUUUCGGCAUUGCAUGAGGUUGAGAACGUGUUGGUGCAGUCGUCCCAGGCUGACAACCUGUCGUCCCCACCGUCCGGUUUGCAGUUGACUCAGCUUGUGACGAUGAUGCAGCAGCAACACGUCAUGACGUCUGCUGGCACGGACAAGAUCACUCCGCGCGGCGCAACUCGCGACGACGCGCAUGUGCUCCAACUGCGCAACAUUUUGACGCGCCUGCAAACGUACCAAGACAAGUGGACGGAAAGAAACCACCGCGACAACGAAAACGGCACCAGCUUUGACGACAGCAACGACGCCAUGUCUUCCAACGGCAGCCUCGACAGGCACCCGAUCGACGCGUCGGACGUGUUGAAGGCGGUCGAGUUAGCACGACAGUGCCAAGAAGCUGCCAUCCACGUCCUCGAGACGCACAACCGGUCUUGUGUCGCCAAGACACGGGUUGAAAUCGCCAUGAAGUGCAGCGUCCAGCGCGCGUUCUUGCGAUGGAAGCACAAGGUCGCCAUGGCGUCGGUGAUGACGUGCCACGCCCACGAAAUCGAGAAACUCAAGCAAGUGCAGUUGUACCAGUUGAUUCGAUUCCGCAAGACUGCGCUGGCCGAAAAGGAAAAAGCGCAAGCCGAGACGCGGACGGCCACCAUGAACGAAAUGUACGCCUACCUCCAAGACGAGGCCCAUCAAGUCCAUUGCAAGUGUUAUUGGGGCGACAAGGAGGCGUCCGAUGCAGAAUGGCGAUCGCACAUCAACCAUCGCGCCGACCAUGCCACGGACGACGACGCCGACAGCAUCGCGAGUGGCGAUAGCAAAGCGAGCACGCGACGCCACAAGAAGCCAUCAAGGUCGUACAUCCUUCAACCAGGCUUUGAACAACGCCGACGGGAAAGCCUGGGCGGAAGGAGCCAAACUCCUCACAGCGCCACCCCUGUGAAGAAGACCGUGCUCCACGAAAGAGUGGCGUUUGGGUCGAGCGUGAGCCGGCACUUCGCGCCGCCCCCACAAGAUGGAGCCUUUACCACGAUCGAGAAACUCAAGCGGCAGAACGCGAAGAUUACAAGUAGGGUGGAGCACAGCGUGAAAUAAAAAGAGGCAUGUUGUUCUGUCGAUAGCAUGACUGGAGAGCGUGGGCGAAA